AUGAACCCCUUCUCCUCUCCUCUCAUAACUCCAGCCGAAUACCAUCACAAUGCCACAACAUACAACGCCACCGGAUCUAGGCGAAUCAUCCCCUUAGCAGCCUACCGUCCCACGCUCCACUCGUCCUUUGAAUCCUUCCACCUUCCAGGCUCAAAGUUCUUCAAUCUCGACCAAAUUCGCGACACUGCCUCUCCCUACCCCUCUAUGCUUCCCUCACCUUCCCUCUUCGCCGCUGGAAUGACUGCCCUCGGUAUUCGCAAGGAUGAUAUUUUAGUUAUCUACGAUGCAGACGAGAUAGGCACAUACCAUGCCCCGCGGCUAGCGUUCAUGUGUGAGCUUUUUGGACAUAAGGAUGUGCAUAUCUUGAAUAACCUGAGGCGGUAUGUGAGGAUGGGGCUGCCCGUAGGUUCAGGAUCUGAGGGGAUAGAGGUUCCAGUGGUCGGGACUGGAAGAGAGCAAGGUGAUGAGUAUGUUGUGGAAGAGGGGGAUAUUGAUACCGGAAGGGUGAUAUCUUUCGAGGACGUGAAGAAUUCCGUUCUCGGGAAGGAUCAGGAAAAGGGGAGGAUUGUCGAUGCCAGAAUACCGGGUCGGUUUCAAGGUGUGCAGCCAGAAAUGGAUCCAAGUUUGAGGUCCGGACACAUCCCUGGAGCGGUCAAUGUGCCAUUGGCGAGGCUAUUGGAGGAUGGGGAUGCAGUCAUACUGGCUACCGAAAAACUGAGGAGUGUUCUGAUGGAUGCGGGCGCGUUGGCGGAAGAAGAUGAGGGGAUGCUGUACAUUCUGACGUGCAAUUCGGGGGUCACGGCUGCAUCACUAGAUCUGGCUCUGAGGUUGGUUGGGGCGAAGGGAUCUAGAAGGGUGUAUGAUGGGAGCUGGAUGGAGUGGACGCGGAGGGUAGGGGAUGAACUGAUCGAAGUCUCGUAG